UUCAACUGGAGAUAAAAAAAAUCUGGCCGAGUACCUUACUUCAAAUUUUAAUUCUGUUUUAUCUUUUGCUCUGCAUAUUCAGAUAAGAUGUGAUAAUUUGUCUGUUGCUAUACUUUAGUGAUAAGAAAUUUUUUAUAAUUUAAUCGAAUAUGACAACUUCCAAAGCUUCUAAAACUUUAGCGCGCAUCGAAAAUGAUAUUGAGAAGAGCAGGGAAGAAGGCAACUGGAUCAAAGUUAUUGAGCUUGCAGAGCAGCUGCAGAGGGUGAAACCUGGUGCAACCACUGAGUCUUUGUGCAAUUUUCUAACGGGUGAAGCCAAGCUAGAAUUAUAUCUGCAAGAUAAUCCUCCGAUCAAGAAAAAUGUGGCGAAAGCAAAAAAUCAACUAACUGAUUCUAAAGAUCUACUGCUUAGCGCUGCUUCAGAAUUGGGGAAAAAGGCUGGUGUGGCGUUAGACUCUCAUCUGCUGCUUGGUAAACUUUUCUAUGUGCUUGAAGAUUGUGAGGCUGCCUUAGAUCACUUUGAUGAAGCUGAUUUACAGUCUCUGACAGAGAAAACCUUGCCUGGUAGGAGUAUUAGAAUUGUGGCUGAAUCGUAUGCAAUAAAAGGUUUAUGUUUAGAAAAAGUGCCCCUUGCUCUUUCUUCCAAGUUCAAAGCUGCUGAAAGGGAUGAGCAAAUGAUAGACUGUUUCAAGAAAGCUGCCGAUCUUGGUCUCCUCUACUUACAAAUGCAUGAUAAGCAGCAACAGCAGCAGCAGCAGCAGCUGUCCGUUGUUGGAAGCGGGACGGGCUCUCAUUCACCGCAGCCUGCUGUGCCCCCGUUCGACAUGGGUUUGAUUCUAGAGACUGCACUCCAAAGAGCCCCUGUUCUAUGUAUCCAAAAUGGGAAACUACCAGAGGCGGUAGAUUGUUACCGAAGUAUGAUCUCUGCAGUGGAAGCCAGCGGAACUCAUAGUUUGCGUGUGGUUUUAACAAGGCAGCUAGCAGAAGUGCUUCAAAGAGGUGUGCCUGGCCCAUUGUACAAACCUAUCUCUGAUAUCUCUAGCACCAAGAAAAAACCAACUGCAAGUCCUUGGAAGCCGAAGAAAUACAAUGGCCUUAACUUGUUCAUCCCAAAGAACGAAUAUGAAGAAAUAAUUCUACUUCUGUUAAUUAGUGAAGCAAUGGCUGUGCGGGAGGCAGUCUUGAGUCAAUCGCCCGAGUUCAAAGAUGCCAGAAAGAAAGCUCUUUCGAAUGCAACCUUGAUAUACGACUUGUUGGCUGUUACACUUGUCAAGUGGGGACAAACUCCCCUUCUCCAAGAGUCUUUGGAAAGAGCAAUGAAAUUCUCCUAUGAGGAAGCGCAUGUGUGGUUUCAAUUUGGUCUCAGCCUCGAUGCAAAUGGCAACUACAUUCAUGCGUACGCCGUCCUGAAACAAGUUGCACGAAUGCUCCCAAAUAAAGUUCUCCCAUGCUUACUUUUAGCCCGAAUCUGUUAUCAGCAUUUAAAUAGGAUCAGCGAUGGUAUCGAAUGGAGCAAUGAAGCGUUAAGCAGAGAAACUGCUGAGCCUCAGAGUCUCUUGUCUCGGUGCCAUUUGUUUAUUGGAAUUGGCGCUUAUUGUUUUGCUCAGUCUAGUCACUUAAAAAUAGAUAAAGAGACGCAUAAUCUCAAAGCUUCAGAGGCAUUUCUCAAGGCAUUCCAGCUAGAUCCAAGUGAUCAUCUUGCUGCAUAUUAUAUGGGAUUGUUUGCUGCGAACCAAGCUCAGAUUAGCGAGGCCAUCACUCGAGUCAAAGUAGCUCUGAAACUUCACUCAGAGCAUGCUCCGUCUUUGCAUUUAAUGAUACUCUUACUAACAGCACAGAAACAAUUACACGAAGCUUAUGUUUUGCUUGAAUGUGCUCUUCAAGAUUUCCCUGAUUGCUUGAAUCUUCUCUUCGUUAAAGCUCACCUGGAACUUUAUACUGUUGGGAGCGAGGCUGCUUUACUAACAGCUAAACAUAUGUUGUCUCUAUGGAAAGUACUCUACGAAGAGCAAACCACCCAAGAAAGCACUCAAGAAAAUCGUAGUGUCCUCCAGUUAUAUACGAGUGAAAUGUCUGACAAAGACUCAAAUUCCAUGCACACGCAUUCUGUUGCUGCUUCGAAGGUAGAGCAGGCUCUCUCAGAAGUGGCAUCAACAAUCAGCUCUGCUGUUCCAAAGCCGGGGCUUCAAAAAGCGUGGAUGCUCCAGCUUCACAUCUGGGUGUUGCUCUCUGAAAUUUACUUGUCGCAGAACCAACCAGACUCUGCUAACUUGUGUUUGCAAGAGGCCACCACAAUAUUCCCCCUGUCACAUCAUCUUGUUUUUGCGCGAGGACGUGUGCACGAGUACAAAAGUGAAUUCCACGAAGCUAAGCAAUACUACCAAAAUGCUGUUGCAAUCAAUCCGGCUCAUAUUAAAAGUCUUCAACACUUGGGUUUGAUGUACCAUUACCUAGGGCAACAAAGACUAGCUGAAAAAACUUUAAGAGAUGCUGCAAAAUUGGAUCCUCAUGCACCGCAAACUUGGUACAAUUUAGGGAAAGUUCUGGAAGUGCUUGGAGAAGUGGAGAGUGCAACGGACUGUAUGGUCACUGCCCUUCAAGUGGAAAAGCAUUGUCCUCUACUGCCAUAUUCAACUAUUCCGUUAGCAUUUGAUUGAAUCUAUUUCCUCUCUUCCUAGGAUUUCCUUCUGCGUCAGGUUGGUUUGCAAGGUACUGGAUGGCCUCACUUUGGAGUGAAUAAUUUUUUUGGAAUCUACAGGAUUGGUCUCAUCUAUCAUAAAACUUAACACUGGUGGAGGAUUUGUAUCUCACAUCACUUUUCUUUCAAAUAUCUGUGGUAGAGCUAUUAUUGAACCAUUUAUUUAAUUUUUGAAGUUUUAUUGAAAGGCUUGCCGAAAGAGUUUCCUCGUAUCAGAAACAAAAAAUUGUAGCCAUAUACUUAUUUUUUAUACAGAGAUACUGCAUUGCUCAACCAUUCAAGCUUUGCACAAGCAAUAUUUAUUGUGUAUUGGCAAAAAUAACUUUCCCAGCCAUGAACGGUAGACUUUGAAAUUGUCAAGUUGGAUUAUUUAAACAAAAUUCCUAAAGAGACAUGGGCGGAUUUUAAAGUUGUGAACUUUAGUCUUCAACAUUGCAGUGUAACUUUUUUUGCUGAUUAUUUUUUUGAAAAAAAAGGCUUUGGUACAUAUAGGAUUUCUGGCAUAAUAGAGCUAAAAAAAUUACUAAAGCCCUACUUUGGCAGAUAAUUUUUUUCCUGUCAGUGAAAUCUAUCAUCAAAAUUUAUUAUCUCUUAAUGAAACCGAAUAAGGGGUGUGAGAAAAUACCCAGAGAGUUUUCAAAUUUGCUAGAAGUUGAGGUAUAAGUGUGUAGGUUUGACAUGACUUCUCAAAUUUCACUGUUUUCAGUUCGUGAACACUAAUCUCAAAAAAAAAAAAAAAAAAAAGUCAUUUUAUUCCCAGAAGAAUACGACUUGCUAACUUGAAAGAAGGAUAAUAGUGUUACGUAUCAAGUUUUUACUUAAUGUAGUGUGUUAAGUAUUUACUUUAUAUCUUUUAAUGGUGGACAGAUCUGUUUUAAGUCUUUGAUUGACAAAAUCAUCAAAGUACAUACCUAUAGACGCUAUUAGUGUUAAAUCACAGUAAAGCGAUGUAAGCAGAUUUAUUUUCUUCGGUAGCAUCGGAAGAGAUUUGUCAUUUUUAUCGUUUGGAAGAAUACGUAUACGUUACCACAAAUAGCGUCUAAAGAGGUUGAAGGCUGAGAUUCUUUUGUUAAUAGGCAAUUACUCUGCCAAAUACCUUGUAUUUUUCCCUCCUCAACUCCUGUUUCUUUAGGGUGCACAUUAUUUUUGAAAGCUCUUUGAUAGCAUUUAUCUGGCCGUUUCAACUGAGAUCUCUGUUAAUUUAAUUGACGUAUUUUGUAAAACUUAAUGGGAACAACGGAGCUCUUCAUUUGCAAUUUUGAUAAUCAAAAAUAUUUUAAGUAUCGAAGAAAAUUCUGAAAUUGGAUGUUUUCGGCUCUUUAGUUGUUAAUUGAUUUUGACAGAAGUCACAUUUUGGUAACUUACGGUGACCAAGAACUCUACAUCUGUUUAAUUCGGGAGUUAGGAGAUCCUUAGAGACUGAUUGAGUUAGGAAAUCAGUAGAGAAAGUCAAGGAAUUUUUGGAGACGUGCUGUGCAUUUGUCGAUGAUCGGUAUUUAUCGACCCUGUGGUCUUCGGAAGGUAUUUGAUCUUUUUCAUUUAUAGUUAAAUGGAAAUUCGUGAGCUUUAAGUUUAAAAAACCAAGUUUUGGCCGAUUUGAUUUAUGACUAAUGAAUUUGUGUUUUGUGAUCCUCAAAGCCUCUUCUGACAAAGCAAUGGUUUAAACUUGUCUGAAUACUUGGUGAAAGUAAAAUAAUAGUGAUUUUUCCAGAACCUAGUCAAAUUAUUGCAGAUCUUGUCAAUUAGGAAGAAAGUUCGAUUCACCUGCUAUCUCUAUGAGUCAAAUAAUAGAGGAAAUUCAGUCUCAUACUUCUGCUUUAACCAGAUCAGAGAAUUGUCUCAUUUACUCCGAUGAACAAACUUUGAGCAGCUGACUCUAUGGUAAAAUCAAGAGACCUUGUGUAUUCAAAUCGGCGGGUUGAAGAAUUGCUUUUACAUUGUACCAGUGCUACUUUCAUCGAAAAGGGAGAGAAGAAUUACCAAAAAAGUCUUGAGUGUUGGUAAAAUCUCUCAUUAAGAAAUUUUGCACCAACCAUAUAUGGUUGAGAUCGUUCUUUGCUUUAGAUGAACAGAAAUAUGAGAUUAAAUUUUCGUUAUUAUUUGCCUCUUACUGAUAGUAUGUAGAUGAAUCGAACAUUAUUGCUCAUUGAAAAGAUCUUUCAACAAAAAUCAAGUAUUUCCCUUCCUUCAGAUGCAAGCAGCACAAGGCGUAAACCAGGUUCUGAUGAAAUCACUAUCAUUUUACUUUUAAUAGUUGAGUUUUGGUACAAGUUUAAACCUUUUUUUUCGUCAGAAGAAGCUUUGAGGGUCACAAAACACAAAUCAUAUUUUUCAAAUUUGCCACAACUAAGUAUUUUAAAAACUCGCCAUUUUCUAUUGAUAAACAUGCAUUUCGUUGAUCUACUUACCAGUCUUAUCAGGUAGUGAAGAGACCUUUUCCCUGUUCAGACGGAAAGAAGGUCUUCAAGCCAAUUAGAAUAAUCUUUGCUGUAAAUUACUCCAUUUCUGAGAGGGCACCUUCAAUUUUUUCCCUCCUCUGUCCAUUUCCUGGCACCUCAUAGAUUUAAUCAACAUCUCUCAAAAUUCUCUUUCUAUAUUCCUUGGAAUAAAAAUAUAAAAGGGAAAGUUUGUUAUUAUUAUUUAUCAUUCCAUGGAGGUGAUAGUUGUAUUUUGCGUCUUUGUAAGUUGUUGACUUCUUUCUAAGCUAGCUAAGUAUACUUUGUCUGAGAGCCCAUUGCUGGAUUCUUGUUGUUACCAUGUAAUAGAUUUUCAAAGGUACUUACAUCAAGAGUAAUUGUUACGUUUUUCAAUAAAGCUCUAUUCGUUGACUUGUUAAA